AUGAAAUCAUUAUCUUUGUUUAUUAUCUUCUCUUCUUCAGUCUUGGCUAGUCCAUUCUCUCACAAGCACCUUCACAAGCGAUACGACAACGACCACAAUGAUAUCCCAGAUUGGUGCUACACAAAUGGAGACAUCGUCUCCUGCCUCUUAUCCGAGACUUCCAGCUAUGCCUGGACAACCUUCACUGCCAGCACAUCUACGCAUGCCGUCUCGACUCCUGCUUCCACCUCUGUUGCGGUCACUUCAGCUGUACCCGUCACCAAGAUAGCAGCAGCUACAUCCUCGUCCGCGUCUUCAUAUCCGACAGGUACCCUCCCAGAUAUUAAGACCUGGAAUUCAGACAAUGGGACUAAAUGGCAUAUCUCAACCGUUGGCUCUAUCUAUAGCAGUACAGUGCCGAGUAUGGGUUGGGAUAAUGGCCGAACCUCUGUACUCAAUAAUACGCCAUUUUGGAUUUUCGGCGACGUGCUCUCUCUUAAAGGCUUGGAAAAUGGCCUGUCCACAGGUCCUGCUUUCUACGGCACUCCAGAUAAUAUUCUCCGCGUCGACAUGGGAAGCAUAAGCAACGUUGAAAACGUCCUCCUAGCUCCUCCCGUAGCCGCCGAUCCCGUCCCCGAAGAACCAUUUCCUUUCUGGGGCCUCAGCACGGGCAACGUAGCUGAAGUGUCCCCUGGCAUCGGCAUCGGCUUUGUGUGGGAAAUAUGGCGCAACACCUCAGGUGUAGGCCCAGACCGAGGACUGGGCAUUUACCGUGCAACACUAGGCUCGGAACUCCCUGUCGGAAACCGCACUGGUGGUUUGGUUGCGGGUCCCGAUGCCUUGCCUGUGGGAAUCAUGACCGUGAUGAACGCCGAGGGAUACAUCUACGCCUAUACCAAUAAAAACGGUUCCGGGAUUAUCGUCGGCAGGGCACCUGUUGAUAAUGCAUUUGAGGCGGAUGCUUAUGAAUUCCUCACCCUGAAAGGCAAUUGGGUGCAAGGGAUUCCAAGCUAUGCUGACGCCAAGUCGACCUAUGGGCUUCUGGGAGAGGGCGAUGGGGGCGUGGUGCCUAUUAGUUACGGGCAGGGGAGUAUUAUGUGGAGCAAUUACUUCGAGCGGUAUCUGCUGUUUACGGGCUCGUUUGGGAGUUCAAUGAUGUUUUAUGCGAGUGCGACGCCGUAUGGACCUUUUGAUGGACCGUAUUACAUUGAAACGGUACUAGGCUACGGUGUAAACGUCCACCCGUUCUGGAGCCCCGAUGGAAGUCAUCAGACUUUGUAUGUGAGUAGUGGAUGGAACAAUGUAAUCAACAUGUAUAAAUUAGACUUCGAUUACUAG